AUGCCACCUGACUCUGCUGCCAACCUCCUUCUCUCUCUGCUCACAGGUCCACCUCCUCCUCCCCAACCAAACACCCUCUGCAAGUUGCCCAUCUUCAAUGAGGCCAACUUCCCAGCUUCGGUGGGCUCCCUUCAGCUCUGCAUCUGGUUGCAGUUCCUGGCCUUCUAUCCCAACCAGGCUUUUGCUGACCAGCUUUGUGGUGCACUGUGUCACAGUGCCAAGCUCAGCUAUGAAGGUCCUCUCUGCUCUGCCACCAGGCUCAACAUCCCCAACCUGCCUUUGGACAACCACAACAUUUUCCACCUCCAUCAGGAAAUCACAGCACAUCUUUGGGAAAGUCACCUAUGGGAGGUGCCCCAUCCCCAGGUGACAGGACUCAUUUGCUCUCCACUUGGUGUCAUCCCGAAGCCCAACAGCAACAAUGGCAUCCAACCAUCCUAUGUUGCCAUCCAUUAUGACAACCUGGAUGCCAUCAUGGACUUCAUCCACAAGCACCCCAGCACCUCCCUCUGGAAAGCAGACCUUGAAGAUGCCUUCCAGCAUGUCAUUGUGGCUGAGUCUGACAUGCACCCCAUGGGCAUCCAUUUUGACAGUGUCUACUACCAAGAAUGCACUCUUGCAUUUGGUGCUCGCUCCUUGCCUUUCCUCUUCAACCUGUUUGCCAAGUUCCUGCACUGGCUUGUCACCUUUGCCUUACAGUUGGUGACUGCCCACUCACCCCUCUCCCAUUCUGGUGUCUCCCACUAUCUCAACAACUUCUUUGGGGCCUCAGACACCACCACUGACCCUGCCACCCCUGUCCAGCUCCUCAGUCUCACAGCCACAGCACUUGGGUUCAAGAUUAGUGCCAAGAAGACCUGGUGGGCUGCAACCAGGCUUGAGAUUCUGGGUAUCGAACUUGACAUGGUGGCCCAGAUGGCUUCAAUCACUGCCCCAUGCUGCCAACACAUCCUCCAGCUGUGCUUGCACAUUGUGGCACAUGGCUGCACCUCACUGCUGGAGCUGCAGCAGGUGGCAGGCCACUUACAGUUUGUCACCUGUGUUGCACCUCAUGGCUGUGCCUUCUUGUGUCACAUCUAUGAUGUGGUGCAAGCCCACUUCAAGGCCCCCUUCAGCCAUUGCAUCAGCAAGAACAUGCAGGCUGAGCUCCUUUGGUGGGUCGCCACUCUCACCUCCUGGGACAAUGUCUCACUGCUUCAACCCUCACCUCUAAUGGUGGAGCACAUAUGGACUGAUGCUUCAAAAUGUAGCAUUGGUGCUCAUUUGGGUUGCAUGGACAGUCCCUCUGCUGCCUUCUCUCAUGAGCUCCCCUGCUGCCACCAGUGGAAGGACAACCACUUCCUGGAGGCUCUGGCAGUCUUGGAGGCCCUCUGUCAGUUCUCCCCACUCUGGACUGGUCAUCAUCGUGUUGUCAUCCACAUUGACAACAAGAACGUGGAAUACAGCCUCCACAAGGGCUCCAUUUGUGACCCUCAGACCCAGGUUCUUUUCUGGGAGAUCUUUGCCCUCUGCCUGCACCUCCACAUCGACCUGGUUCUGGCUGCCUCCCUGCUCUGGUCUGGGCUCACCCACACCACCUGUGCCCAUUCCACCACUGUGUACAACAACUUCAGCACCUUUGCAGCCUCUCUCUGCAUCACCAACCCACUUCUGGCCUUGCCAAACAUGCUCAUUGAAUGGGUCACCCACCACCAUGCCUCAAACAAGUCCCUCAACACCAUCAAAUGGGACUUCUACAUGCUCAAGUCUUGGCACAUCGACCUUGGCCUCCCCAUCAAGGCCUUCAACUCCCCCCGACUCAACUCAUUUGCACUCUCCCCACAGUCUGCCCCUCCCAGCAUAACUGCCACAUGUUCUGUGCCACCUUCUGCCUCACCUUCACCUGCCUCCUUCGGGCAGGUGAACUCACAUGGGAGGCCUUUGGACCCAACACCCUUACUGUGUCUUCCAUCACCUUCGCUGCUGACCACUUGCACACAACCAUCAUGCUGCUGGCCAGCAAGACAGACCCUUUUUGGCAAGGUGCCACCCUCCUUGUGCCUGCUGUUCCCCUCAGCACCUGUGCAGUGGCCAGCCUCCAGCUCAUUUGUCACCACUGCACCCUGCAGGAGCCCCUCUUUGUGCUUGAGGGUGGCCAGCCCUUCAGUUGUGGCUCCUUCAUCACCAUGCUCUGGCACUGCCUGGGGGCCUGCAGGGUGGUGCUGUCCUCAUACUCAGGCCAUUCUUUCUGAUGAGGUGCUGCCACAUGGGCAGCAGCCAAUGGGGCUGAUGCCAACACUAUCUGCGCCCUUGGCCACUGGUGCAGUGAUUGCUUCUGACACUAUGUUGAUUGGUCUACAGCAGAGCAUGCUGCCACCUCCAGGGUGGCCCUCUACUCAAACACCUCUGCUGUCCUACACCUCAACAUCCCAGCCUGGCAGGAUCUGUAGCCUGACUUUCUCUCUGGGUUCACCUGCAUCUAUGCCCCAGCCUCAGCUCGUGACUGUCACACCUUACAGUAUGCCACUUGCAUACAGUGUGGCCAUGGCUGGGAGCUCACCAGCGACUCUCCCACGAGUUAGGCAAUCUCACAUUUCCCAUGUCUCCAGUCCCGCAUGUGGUGCGUGCACCUGGCAACCAAACACUGAAACCGGAAACACCAAAUCUGGUUUCAGGCGCGCGGCCGCUUACAAUGGUCUCAAGCAGGCAGAUCGACUUUGGCAUGCUGCGCUCGAUGGGCAGCUACAAGCAUUUGGGUUCAAAUGA